CACCCCGGGGCAGGAGUCAUGCGGGGGGGUGCCGGCGGCGAUGCAGAGAAGCAGCAGCGCUGGGGUCGCCUCUUCCAGGAGCUAGACAUUAACAAGGAUGGCCGCGUGGACGUGCACGAGUUGCGCCAGGGCCUGGCCAGGCUGGGCGGAGGUGACCCGGAUCGCGGUGCCCAACAGGCCAUCUCCCCUGAGGGUGACGCUGACCCAGAUGUUGGACUCAACCUGGAAGAAUUUUCCCAAUACCUGCAGGAGAGGGAAAAGCGCCUGUUACUUAUGUUCCGAAGCCUGGAUCGGAACCAGGACGGUCACAUCGACGUCUCUGAGAUCCAGCAGAGUUUCCGAGCCCUCGGGAUCUCCAUCUCGCAAGAACAAGCCCAGAAAAUUCUGCUCAGCAUGGACCGCGAUGGCACCAUGACGGUUGACUGGCAGGAGUGGCGCGACCACUUCCUGCUGCACUCCCUGGAGAACGUGGAGGAUGUGUUGUUUUUCUGGAAACAUUCCACGGUCCUGGACAUCGGUGAGUGCCUUACAGUGCCCGAUGAGUUCUCCCAGCAAGAGAAGCUGACUGGCAUGUGGUGGAAGCAGCUGGUGGCGGGCGCCGUGGCAGGCGCUGUGUCACGGACGGGCACGGCCCCACUGGAUCGCCUCAAAGUCUUCAUGCAGGUUCAUGCCUCGAAGACCAACCGGCUGAAUAUCCUGGGGGGUCUGCGUAGCAUGAUCCGCGAGGGGGGCGUCCUUUCCCUGUGGCGUGGCAACGGCAUCAACGUGCUCAAAAUUGCGCCUGAGUCGGCUAUCAAGUUCAUGGCCUACGAGCAGAUCAAACGCGCCAUCCGAGGGCAGCAGGAGACACUGCACGUGCAAGAGCGCUUCGUGGCGGGGUCCCUGGCUGGCGCCACGGCCCAGACCAUCAUCUACCCCAUGGAGGUGAGGAGGGGGACUUGGCAAGAACUGCCUUUGCAAAGGUCCCACGGGGUGCCCACCCAGGUGCUGAAGACACGGCUGACCCUGCGCCGGACCGGCCAGUAUCGGGGGCUGCUGGACUGCGCCCGGCGGAUCCUGGAGCGGGAGGGGCCCCGCGCCUUCUACCGCGGCUACCUGCCCAACGUGCUGGGCAUCAUCCCCUACGCGGGCAUCGAUCUGGCCGUCUAUGAGACCCUGAAGAACCGCUGGCUCCAGCAGGCCGGCCACGAGUCAGCCAACCCCGGCAUCCUUGUACUCCUGGCCUGCGGCACCGUCUCCAGCACGUGUGGCCAGAUAGCCAGCUACCCACUGGCCUUGGUACGGACUCGCAUGCAGGCCCAAGCCUCAGUGGAGGGCGCACCACAGCACUCCAUGCUGGGCCUGCUCCGACACAUCCUGACCCAGGAGGGCGUGUGGGGUCUGUACCGGGGCAUCGCGCCCAACUUCAUGAAGGUCGUACCGGCCGUCAGCAUCUCCUAUGUGGUCUAUGAGAACAUGAAGCAUGCCCUGGGGGUCACAUCCAGGUGAGGGACCCACAGCCUGUCAUCCCCUCCCCCCCCGACACACACACACACACA